AUGACAGCAAAUUCAGUUUAUGACUUCACUGUGGAGAACCUGGAGAAGAAGGCUGUUCCACUCAACAUGUUCAAAGGAAAAGUUCUUCUCAUUGUGAACGUAGCGACCUUCUGAGGGUCCACCAUUGAACAGUAUCACAAGAUGAAUGCACUCAUGAAGAUGUAUGGAGAUCAGAACUUCAUCAUUCUCGGGUUCCCCAGCAAUCAGUUUGGACUACAGUCACCUGAAGAGAAUCAGGAAACUCUUAAUAUUCUGAAAUGCGUGAGGCCGGGAGGAGGAUACACACCCCAGUUCCCCAUCUUCAGUAAGAUUGAGGUGAACGGUGAUGAUGAGAAUCCUCUGUAUGCCUUCCUGAAGGAAUCUCUUCCAUUUGUAAACCCUGUCGUUGGAGACAUCAAGAAACUACACUGGUCUCCCAUUAAAGUGAACGACAUCCGAUGGAACUUUGAGAAGUUCCUCAUCGGAGCAGACGGAGUUCCUUACAGACGGUAUGAUCUUCGCUGUCCUUUUGAAGACAUAGUGAAGGAUAUUGCGAUGCUUGUGAAAUUAAGCCACGGAUCAUAAUACAGAUUUAUCAUCCAAUCACAGAACAUUAC